AUGGAAGUCCUGUGGACGAAAAUUGGAUCAGGAUAUAUCUCGGUUCAUGAGUACUCAGAUGAGGGUAGCCGGGACCUGCCGGGCAAGAGUUACCAGACCCGGACGGAGCUGUUCCCACAGGAGUUCAGCAGUGGGAAUGUCUCCCUGAAGCUGAAACGGCUCCACGUGGCAGAUGCUGGGACAUACCAUUGCCUUGUGAGGAACCCAACAUGGAGCCAGGAAGCCAUCACUGAGUUACACGUUGCAGCUGUGGCUCCAGUGUACAUUGAUGUGCUGGGCCCUCGGGGCCAGGGGAUUGGACUGACCUGUAGAGCCACAGGCUGGUUCCCCAAACCCGAACUCCAGUGGGUUGGAAAGAACAGGCAGAACCUGACAAUGGAGAUUGUGACCGACAUGACUCAGGACAGGGAGAACCUGUAUAGUGUUGUGAGUCACGUCACUGUCACACAAGGGGAAGAGAAUGGAGACAUCAGCUGCAUAGUGCAGAAUGGCCUGCUGGAGACUGAGCGACAAUCUGCCAUUCACCUCUCAGGUGACGUCUUCCCCCGGGUUUCUCCCUGGCUGGCUGCAUUCUGGGUAUUGUUCACCCUGUUUCUCAUUGCUGCUGGAGCUUGUGCAUAUCUUGGUUAUGCAGUGAAGCGAAAGGCCUCUCAGAAGAAAUACUCUAAAUCUGAGACUCUACUAAAUCUUGAGACUGAAAAGAAGACCUUGGACACAGGGUACCAGGAGCUGUGUGAGAGAAUUGAUGCUGAGAGGAAGGCCCUUGAAUCAGAGUGUGACAAGCUGCGUGAGAAGUUGGAUGAUGAGAGGAAGGCUUUUGAAGCAGAGUGUGCCAAGCUGCGUGAGACGACUGAUGCUCAGAGGAAGGCCUUUGAAGCAGAGUGUGACAAGCUGCAUGAGAUGAUUGGAAAAAGCUCCAUGCAGAGAAAGAAGACCUAG